AGCCUCUUGCUCCUCCUGCGACGCCUCGUCGCUUCCUCGCGACGGUUGGGCGGACGGACGGUUGGUUGGACGGCAGCGCGAGGCGACGCGACGCUGAGAGACAUGGCGGCGGUUGCCCCCACCCCGGCUCCCGGGGACCUGCUGUCCCUGGACCCCCGGCUCCAGGCCGAGUUCCAGCAGAAGCUGCAGGGGAUGAAGAAGAAGAACAAGAAGAACAAGAAGAAGAAGCAGCAGCAGCAGCAACAACAGCAACAACAGGAGGAGGAGGAGAUGGGACCGAUGGCCUCGGGUGUGAUCUACCUGGGACAUGUUCCGAAAGGCUUCUUUGAGCCUCAGAUCAAGAAAUACUUCAGCCAGUUUGGAACGGUCAACAGAGUCCGACUCUCUCGAAGUAAAAAGACUGGUAACAGCAAAGGCUAUGCUUUUGUGGAGUUUGACUGUGAUGAAGUUGCCAGAAUUGUUGCGGAAACCAUGAACAAUUAUUUAUUUGGAGAAAGACUCUUGAAAUGUCAGGUUCUACCACCAGAAAAAAUCCACCCGCAACUUUUUAAAGGUAGCGAGAAGCUUUUCACGAAGCCUAUCUACCCAGCAGUGGGCCGUUACAAUAAGAAACGAAACCAAAAGGACCAGGAGAAGAUGGCAACCAAUCUUAUCGAGAAGGAAGGGCGCUUGCGGAAAAGGCUGGCGGAGAAAGGAAUCGACUAUGACUUUCCUGGUUUUGCUGCAGUAAUCCCCAAAAAGAUAAAGAAAAAGAAAACCUCAAAGAAAACCUCAAAGAAAAUUAAUGAGUCACUUAACAGUCAGGAUCCGACACCUGUCUGCACGCCUGCUGUUCUAAGACGACGGAAAUCUUUGAAGGUGGACGACAAUGAUCCUGAUGAUGAAAUCACAUUCAAGGUGGUGUCCCCAGAGAAGACUGUCAAUGAGUCGCCCGAGUCUUUAGCUGCAAAGGCAACAAAAACGACAAAAUUGAAGGAAGUUGUAAGGAAGCCUUCAGUCAAGUAGUGAAAGACCAGGAAACAAUCAAUCCAAAAGGACUGUUGCGUGUUCUAAAUAUUCAGAGUUAUCAGUACCCUCUCUUGUGGAGAGAUCUCUGGGUUUGUACUGAUGAUUUUUGGCUUGAUGAUGUAAAAAGAAAUGCCUUUGAUAUCAUCAUUAGCAGUCCACAAAUGUAAGAUACAAACUGUGCUGUUCAAAAGACUUUUUAUAUUUAAUCUUACACGUGUGAGAGGGAAAAAUCGGGAUGACACAACGACAGAAUUUUUAAAAAAAAAAAGAUUUUCUGUUGCAUUCAAUUUGGAAUAAAAAGCUUAUUUCCAGAACUGUUUUUUAAAAAGUUACCGUGAAAACCUUGCAGAGUCUUGUCAAAGAAAAUAUUAGGAGUAGAAAAAUGUUAACUGCUUUCUAUAGGAACAGGGGUAGGCCAUUCAGUCCCUCGAGCCUGUUCUGCCAUUCUAUUCGAUCGUGGCUGAUCUGUACCUUAAUUCCAAUUUAAAUAAAAAAUUCCAGUUGCCUUGGUGUUAAAAAGCCAAA